AUGACCCUCUCUUGCCAGUCUCUCUCCUCCCCAAUUCUCAUCCGCACCACCACCACCACCACCCUCCACCAUUUCCCAUUUCCCGCCACUAUACCCAGCAACCUCUCAGCCACCGGAGGCCGGAGACUUCUGGGUUCCUUCAUUCUCAGAGCAAGAGGAAAAGAACUAGUCCUCGGAAACCCAUCGGUCACCGUCGAGAAAGGCAAGUACAGCUACGACGUCGAAACCCUAAUCAACAAGCUCUCUAGCCUCCCACCACGAGGCAGCAUUGCUCGCUGCCUUGACACCUUCAAGAACAAGCUUUCCCUCAAUGAUUUUGCCUUAGUGUUCAAAGAGUUCGCUCACCGCGGCGACUGGCAGCGCUCGCUCCGCCUCUUCAAGUACAUGCAGCGACAGAUCUGGUGUAAGCCCAACGAACACAUCUACACAAUCAUGAUUGGCGUGCUUGGCCGCGAAGGACUUUUAGAUAAAGCCUAUGAGAUAUUCGACGAAAUGCCCAGCCACGGUGUUCCGCGUAGUGUAUUUUCGUUCACUUCAAUUAUUAAUGCAUAUGGUCGAAAUGGCCAGUUUGAGACCGCAUUAGAACUUUUGAAGAGAAUGAAAAAGGAAAAAGUUCAGCCGAGCAUUUUGACUUAUAAUACAGUGAUUAAUGCUUGUGCUAGAGGCGGGUAUGAAUGGGAGGGGUUGUUAAGUUUGUUUGCCGAAAUGCGGCAUGAGGGUAUUCAACCCGAUAUUGUUACUUAUAAUACAUUGCUUAGUGCUUGUGCCCAUCGGAGUUUAGGGGAUGAGGCAGAAAUGGUGUUUAGGACAAUGAAUGAGGGUGGGAUUGUACCGGAUAUAACGACGUACAGUUAUUUAGUUGAUACAUUUGGGAGAUUGGGGAAAUUAGAAAAGGUUUCAGAGCUUUUGAGGGAAAUGGAAGAUGGAGGGAACUUACCAGAGAUAACGUCCUAUAAUGUGCUAUUAGAGGCGUAUGCACAUUCAGGGAAAAUUAAGGAGGCAAUGGGGGUGUUUAGGCAAAUGCAGGCUGCAGGGUGUGUGCCCAAUGCGGCGACUUAUACUAUUUUGUUGAAUUUGUAUGGGAAGCAUGGUAGGUAUGAUGAUGUUAGGGAGCUUUUUCUUGAGAUGAAAGUGAGUAACACGGAUCCGGAUGCUAGUACUUACAAUAUUCUUAUUGAGGUGUUUGGUGAAGGUGGGUAUUUUAAGGAGGUGGUGACUUUAUUUCACGAUAUGGUGGAGGAAAAUGUUGAGCCAAAUAUGGAGACUUACGAGGGGUUGAUAUUUGCUUGUGGAAAGGGGGGGCUUCAUGAGGAUGCAAAGAAAAUUUUACUUCAUAUGAAUGAGAAGGGACUAGUCCCGAGUUCGAAGGCUUUUACAGGGGUAAUUGCCGCAUAUGGACAGGCUGCAUUGUAUGAGGAGGCUCUUGUUGCUUUUAAUACUAUGAAUGAAGUUGGGAGCAAACCAACUGUUGAGACCUUCAACUCUUUGAUUUACACAUUCUCAAGAGGGGGACUUUACAAGGAGACUGAAGCAAUCUUGUCCAGAAUGAGUGAGGUUGGGGUUCCACGGAACAGGGAUUCUAUUAAUGGUCUCAUUGAAGGAUUUAGACAGGGAGGCCAAUUUGAAGAAGCUAUAAAGGCUUAUGUUGAGAUGGAAAAGGUGAGGUGUGAUCCCAAUGAGCAGACCCUUGAGGCGGUUUUGAGUGUUUACUGCUUUGCAGGUCUUGUUGAUGAGAGUAUGGAGCAAUUUCAGGAAAUUAAAGCAUUGGGAAUAUUACCCAGUGUCAUGUGCUACUGUAUGAUGCUGUCCAUUUAUGCAAAGAGUGACAGUGUUGGCGAAAUGGUAUUUGCUGAUUUGAUGAUGAUGGCUGAGGGAACUAGGGAUUGGCUUCAAGACGUUUUGAAUGCCUUAUCCAUGUCGCAUGAGACUUGUAUUUACGUGAAACAUGGAGCAAAAGGUUCCGAGUUGGGUACAACUUGA